AUGAAGCACCUUCACUUUAAGGAUCAUUUCUGGAGCAGUGAGCUGACCAGCACCGCGGGAUACGAUGCUGUUAUUCAGUAUCACAAUGAGGGCAAACGGACCUGUAAGGAAGUGGAGGACUUUUUAAAAGCCAGAGCGACAAUUGAAGAGAAAUAUGCCAAAGACUUACUGGGUUUGUCAAAGAAAGUCUGUGGCCACAAUGAGAUGAACACACUCAAGAGGUCCCUGGACAUUUUCAAAUUGCAGAUGGAGCACGUCAGCCUGUCUCACCUGCAGCUGGCCCAGAGCAUGAGGGAGGAGGUGAAGAAGCUCGAGGAGUUCAAAGAGAGACAGAAGGAAGUCAGGAAAAAGAUAGAACAACACAUGGACGCUCUACACAAACAGAAGGCGUCACAGUUCAAAAAGACUAUGGACUCGAAGAAAACGUACGAGCAAAAGUGCAGAGAUAAAGAGGACGCAGAGCAGAAUGUGAAUCGAAACACCAAUAACUACAAGAACAUAGAGAAGCUCAUGGGGAAAGCACAGCAGGCAAAACUGAACUCAGAAGAAGCGGACAGAUCGUACCAGCAGAACGUGACCACCAUGGGACACAUCAGAGACGAGUGGAUCAAGGAGCACACCGGUGCAUGUGAGAUUCUUGAAAAGCAGGCGAUAGACAGAAUAAACUUUGUCCGAAACACAGUGUGGACCCAUUUAAACCUCCUCUCCCAACAGUGCGUCACUACGGAUGAGCUGUACGAGGAAGUCCGGAAAUCUUUAGAACAAUGCAACAUUCAGGACGACAUCGAGCACUUUGUCAAUCUGCGGCGAAGUGGAGACAAACCGCCAGGUCCAAUUCUGUAUGAAAACUUCUACAGGGCGUCACUGGCCCCGCCUCCUGCAGUCCCUCCGCCCAUCAACAGGAGAGAAGCCCCCCCGGUUCCAGGAAGUGACAGUGACGGUGCAGUCUAUUCUACCGUGCAAGACGCAAGGAUUCAUUAA